AUGAACUUCACCCUCACUGUGCCAGAAGGUACCACGAACCACGGCAAUUCAAAGCUGCUGUGUACCCCGGCGCAGUGGUAUGAUUUUGUCAUUUUCUUCUUCGGAAACUACUUUGCCCAUGCCGCCACGGUUGUGCCAGUUCCCGGCCAGGGCUUUGAGUCUACUGCCAUCUCCAUUUUCCUCGCCCUCACCCUUCCGGGCAGCGCAAUCGUUAGGGCGGUUACUGCCAUUGUACGUCACGCGGCAACGGAACGCAGGAACCCCUUGAGACGUGCCGCUCGGGCUGGCGCCCUCUGUAUCGUCCUCCCUGCGUGGAAGAAGCCUAGCGCAGAUGAAAUUCCCCCGGUUGUCACCCCUCGGGACCUUCCUACACAAAGCCCGGCGCAGGUUGCGCCCUCGGAAUCCAACGGUGAUGGUGUGGAGGUCUCCCACCAAGGCCAUGCAAAAGGGCAACAGAUCUCCGCCACGGCGCCGCUAGCUUUACAAGGGGAACGAAGUGCCAGAGAUGUCGACCUAGAACGCGGCGAACCCAAUGCGGAUAACGAACGCGACAUCACCCGAGCACCAGCGUCUCCUUGGUGGAAUCCUCCCCGUGGCUAUAGAGCAGUCCUUCCAGACAGCCAGAUCCACGGCGAGUAUUGGCUCCAUGAGGACUAUUACCUGGCUAUCGUGCCCUUCACGGCUAUGCUCCACCUCGAAUCCGACCCUGGCGCUGAAACUGCCGGGUUGCUAGUCGAAUCGGAUCCUGAGUUUAAGCAUUCGAAUCCCCAUUUAUCGUCAAGUCAUAACCGCCUUAAGCUAUCCAUCAGCUUGGUUCAGGCGAUUUGGGCUACCAUCACUAUCUAUCGGGCGCGAGGAGAUCAGGUG